AUGGCAUGGGAACCUGCUGGCGAUGCCGAACACUUCCUCCUGGGUCUUUUCAAGAAGCGCCCUGACCGGCACCGCGAUGCAUUGCGCUUCAUUUACGAGAUGGAGGUGAUCAUCAGGGGUGCCGGUGGAAAAGUUUGUGUACGGACCGACAAGCCAGAUCUCUGGGACAUCAUGGAUGGAAGGGAUCAUUUUGCCGAGCCCAACCAUCUCAACCCGGCCAUUUUUGACUGCGAUACCAUCCUCCUGGCUGGCUUCAAAGACUUGGAAGAGGUGCAUUCCUGGUGGGCAUCCGAUGAGGUCUUUGAGCUCAUGAAGAACAGGGAUGUAGUCAUGGAGAAGAUGAGUCUCCAUACCAUCGAUGGUUUGGUCUCCUCUUUCGAGGGCACUAAGAAGCGAGCCACCCUAGGUGACAAGCUGCUCUUGUUGGAGAUAGUGCAGAUGGACUCCUUCAAGCCGAUGCAACGAUAUGUCGACUCGUACAAGAGUAAAGCCAUCAAGGCCCCUAAAGAUAUCGGCGCCAUGUGCAAUCUUCUCUUCGCAGAAGGAAUAAGUGGAGUGCUGAUCAACGAGUUCCCAGUGCAGGUUGCUUGUGCCUCCUGCUGGCGAACAAGAUCUGACUUGCUCUCAUGGUAUGAAGCCCCUGGCUACCAGAAAGAGCUGCUGCCCCUGAGGUACUCCUCGGCUCGGUGUCUCACAGUGGUUCUUCCCAUGUGGGAGGAGAAGAAGGAGACAUUCGAUGCGACAAGGCGAAGAGGUUCUGUGGCUGCCGGGCUGAAGCUGAGAAGUUUAAAUAUCUAA